ACCUCCUGUACUCAGAUCUGACACAGACCCUCCACCGCUACGUGUGUAAGAAACCGAAAAAGCUCUUCGCAUUUCCACAUUCGUGCUGAGCUUCCGACUACAACAUCAGAGCACACCAAAGAUCACAACAGGAUGCCUCUCGGAGGGGGAAACAAAUGUGGCUGCUGUCAGAAAACCGUGUACUUUGCAGAGGAAGUGCAGUGUGAAGGGCGAAGCUUCCACAGAUCCUGCUUCCUGUGCAUGGUGUGCAGGAAAAAUCUCGACAGCACGACUGUGGCCACGCAUGAGAACGAGAUCUAUUGCAAAGCCUGUUACGGCAAAAAAUACGGGCCCAAGGGCUACGGGUACGGCGGCGGUGCUGGAACUCUGAGCAUGGACAAAGGAGAGUCGCUGGGCAUUAAACCACAAGACACUCAGCAGCACCAGCCGACCAACAACCCCAACACAUCCAAGUUUGCCCAAAAGUUGGGUGGCUCUGAUGUUUGUCCACGAUGCAGUAAGGCAGUUUACGCUGCUGAAAAAGUCAUAGGGGCCGGAAAUGCAUGGCACAGGGAAUGUUUCCGAUGUGCUAAGUGCGGUAAGGGGCUCGAGUCCACAACUUUAGCCGACAAGGAUGGAGAAAUUUUCUGCAAAGGUUGCUAUGCCAAACAUUUUGGACCAAAGGGUUUUGGAUACGGUCAAGGGGCUGGUGCGCUGUCACACACUCAAUAUAACAGCCAAACACCGCACAUUCCUUAACCACGAGCCUGAUGUCUUCAAACAGUCCGUCAAGAGGAAAUUAAAGUCGCAAGCACAAGAUGACACAUUCCACAUUUCAAAGACCUUGUACACGUCUUGAUUUAACUCUAGAACAUUACCAAACACUUGGAAGAAUGUCAACUAUGAAAACAAAGCAUGGGAUUAACGCUUAAUCUACUAACCUAAAAUGCUCACUUCAAAUUGCAGAGAUUUAGUGGAAUUUGAGCUGUGCUUUCUGCUUAGAUGUGUUGUCUGUUCUGUAUAAUGGAUGGACACACACACCAGUACUAAAGCCACAUGCUUGUUUGAGCUUAAUCACUGUAAAGAAUGUUCCCUUCAGUUCUAUUCACAUCAUGAAAGAUGACAUUCCUUGGCUAAAGAUGCACCAGGUUCAGCGGUUUUAUACCUCUGUCAAUGGAAAAAUAUCACAUGCGCUUUGCAUAGGAAGGAGGUCAAAUACAAGUUAAAAUAUGUGUGUUGUCUUUUUUUAUUGGUGUCCAUUACAUUCAAACAUUUUCAAUUAUUAAAAUAUGAUGUAAUUUG